AUGUCGUCGAGGAUCCCAAAUGGAUUCCUUCGACUGUCCGUACCAGUCCUCUCCAAGAUUGCUCCAAGACUAGCCGUCAUCGGCUCGGGCCCGGGAGCCUUCUACACUGCAAAGUACAUAAUGCGGCAGUUAGAUUCAGCACGUAUCGACAUGUUUGAACGGUUGCCAGAGCCGUUCGGGUUGGUCAACUAUGGCGUCGCGCCGGACCAUCCUGAAGUGAAAAAUGUCCGUAACGAGUUCCGAGCAGUUGCUCAUGAAUAUCACGACCGCUUUCGCCUCUUUGCCGAGGCUGAGCCGAAGCUGUCGAGCCUACAGCAGCACUAUGACGGGAUUGUAGUAGCGACUGGUGCUCAGGAUGCACACCGUCUCGGGCUGCCAGGAAGUGAGCAAGUCCGACGAGGCAUAUUGUCGGCGCGGGACUUCGUCUCAUGGUACAAUGGGCAUCCAGACUUCGCCGCGGUGACGUCCAUGCUGCCUCCGGCUGAGGAGACGGAAAAGGUUGUUGUUAUUGGUCACGGCAAUGUGGCCUUGGACGUUGCUCGUGUGCUGUCCAAGCCAGUAGGGGAGUUCGAGAGCACCGAGAUCAGCAGAGAGGCUCUGCAGUGGCUAUCGAAGCGUCCACCGAACUCUGGCAAAGUCGGUGUUCUUCGUAGACUCUCGUACGGUAUGUUGCUCAGCCAGGUAUCAGUUGUGGGCCGAAGGGGCUUUCCCGAGGCUAAGUUCACGAAUAAGGAGUUGCGUGAGAUCACUCGCAUCGAUGGUGUCACCGCAAGGGCAUACGAGUCUGAGCUCAUUGGCAAGCAGGAUUGGCAUCUUGACCGGGCCAAGAAGC